CCCGUGCACCCCGUGCUAGAAAAAAAAUACACCACCAAAUUCUACCCAAAUCAACGACACACCCGCGAGCCCUCGCCCAUUAUUCGACCAUGGCCAAAAGACCUGCUGACGCAGAUGAAAAAGAGCUCGAGGCUAUCAAAAAUGGGGACCGUCCCAUGGACAUCGACCAAGACGAGGUAGGCGAGUUCGAAGAUGAAUAUGAAGAUGAGUUCGAGAGCGAAGACGAGAUAUUGGAAGCCGGCGUCGAUGGAAGACCCGAUGAAGAGAGAGAGGCAGAAGAGAGAGAAGACGCCAUGCAGGUCGAUCAAGGCACCUUCAUCCCAGGCCGACACAAACUCUCUGCGGGCGAGACCCUUGCACCCGACCUGUCUACAUACGAAAUGCUACACACCCUAGAAGCUCCCUGGCCCUGUCUCUCAUGCGACAUUAUACCAGACAACCUAGGCUCAGACAGGAAAACCUACCCCGCCACCAUCUACUCAGUCGCCGGCACACAGGCUGCGCGCGGUCGGGACAAGGAGAACCAGCUCAUGGUGAUGAAGAUGAGCAGCUUGUCGCGUAUGGAAAGAGAGGACGAAGACGAAGAGGACGAUUCGGAUGACGAAGGCUCGGAUCCUAUCCUGGAGACCAAAUCCAUACCCAUGGCCUCCUGUACAAACAGAAUACGUGCCCACCAAUUGCCGCAGAGCACCUCAGCGAAACCACCGACAACCCUCACCGCGUCCAUGACCGAGUCGGGUCAAGUCCUAAUUCACGACAUCACACCUCAUCUGACCGCAUUCGACACUCCCGGAUCCACCAUCACUCCCACUCAAAACAAGCCCAUCUGCACAAUAAGAGCCCACAAAUCAAACGAAGGAUACGCGCUCGACUGGUCGCCUUUAUAUCCCGAGGGAAAACUCGUUACAGGCGACACCGCUGGAAAUAUAUUUGUGACAACACGGACCCAAGGUGGCGGGUGGGUUACCGACACGACGCCAUUCACCGGCCACCAGGGCUCGGUAGAAGAGUUACAAUGGUCUCCAACAGAGCCGACAGUUUUUGCCUCUGCAUCUAGCGAUGGAACUGUCAAGAUUUGGGAUACGCGAUCGAAAUCCCGCAAAGCCGCCAUCAGCAUCCAAGUCUCCAAGACCGAUGUCAACGUUCUCUCUUGGUCGCACAAGAAUGCCUUCCUACUUGCCACAGGGGCAGACGACGGUGAAUGGGCUGUUUGGGAUUUGUCGCAAUGGAAGCCUCAGACGGCAAUGGGGAACCAAAAGCCAUCGCCUGUCGCUUCCUUUAACUUCCACAAGGAACAAAUCACCUCGGUGGAGUGGCACCCUACAGAUGACAGUAUCGUCAUGGUCUGUGCUGGCGACAACACCCUGACACUUUGGGAUCUUUCAGUGGAAUUGGAUGACGAGGAAAGUAAAGACACAGGAGGUGUACAAGACGUGCCGCCGCAGUUGCUGUUCGUGCACUACAUGGAGCAGGUCAAGGAAGCUCACUGGCAUCCUCAGAUUCCCGGUACGGUCAUGGCUACUGGAGGAAGUGGAUUCGGUGUUUUCAAAACAAUCUCGGUCUAG